AUGCUGUGGGACAAGAAGACGGAGUCGAUCGUGAGCAAGGAAAGCAGCGAGAUUAUCCGCAUGUUGUACACGGAGUGCGACCAACACGCCGGCGCUUCCACUCCCUCCUCUGCCCGCUGUUCCUGGAGCUCUUCUAGUCACAUCUCCAACGCCGGCUUCCAGCAACCCUUCACCACCACAGUCUCCGCGACAGGGGACUCAGAGCUGAUCCGGUUGACGGGGGUAGACUUCUUCAGCGGCGCUGUGCUGAUUGAAAAGCUCGUCGCGCCCGCCGUGGCCAUGACGCACUACAACACGCGCUUCUCUGGCGUGACCGCUGCGGAUAUGCGCGAGGUCGCGAACCGGGAAAGUCUCGGGUCUCUGGAAAAGCGACAUCGCGACAAAGUUGCAGUGCCAACGCCCCGAUUCUCUGUUGUUGCUAGUGACGAAGCUGUGGGCUCCAAUUCUUCAUGGCUCAUAGGCUUGCCAUUGAUGGUCCCAUUGUGGCACACUUCUGGAUUGGAAACCGAUUGCGACAGAUUUAGUAUCUCGCUCAUUUGGUACCCUCAUUUCUGA